AAAACUGAUAAUGAAGUCCCUCAAUAUAGAAUAUCAACGUGUAAUAAUAAAUAUAGGUUGAAUGUGGAAACAACAUUACUCUUCAUUAAACGAAACUGAUAAGGGAUUUUAGUAAAAUUUAUAAUCAUUAAUUAUUUAUGUUGUCUCGCAGUGCUUUGUUUUAUACGAACUCAGAAUCUCGUGUCGUAUAAACUAGAAUCAAAUUAGUACUUCUCGAUAAAUAAUUUAAUUAUUCUAUAAAAAGUGCGUGUGUGGUGAUGGUGAGUUAUUAGUGAGUGCGUUGUACAAGUAUAAUUGGAAUAAUGAGGUUCAAACAGCAGGUCACCAGGAGGAUUAUAACAGUUGAUAUGUCCGAUGAUCCGCCCGCUAUGGUAACAACACCAUCAGCCGAUGACAACCAUAAUGAAAUACGUGCAAAUUCCAAACAUUUAAGUGAAAAAAAUCUACCACUAAUUGAUUUGUCUAAUUCAAUUGUUAACGGUAUUAUCAAUAAUAAAAUAAAUUAUAUAGAAAAUAAUCAAGUUGACUUGAUUUACUCAAAUGAUAAUACUGUGGAAGAUAGUGAUGACGAAGGAAAACUGCAAGUGGUGUUGAAUGAUCGUGAUGAAGCUUCAAAUGGAACAGCUUCUCCUCUCACGAAUGGUACUAUAAAAGAAGAAGAUCUCACUCCUAUAUCCCCCGAUUAUUGCAUAAAGUGUCCACAAUGCCAGAAAGGGAUGCAAACAUUCCAAGCUCUCAAAGAGCACGUGGAAUGCUGUCACAUGGAGAUUUCCAACGUUUCAGAACCUAUCAGCUUAACUGCCCCCAGCGCCGUGUCCCCCACGCCAACUCUAGUCGGUACCGGAGGUCCUUUCGGAUGUUCACAAUGUACAACGACGUUUAGUUCCAAGGACCAAUUAGAAAAGCACGAAUUACUACAUUCGCCCAAUGCUCAAGUGUCCUGUAAAGUUUGCAAUAAAACUUUUGCCAACGUCUACCGUCUUCAAAGACAUAUGAUUAGCCAUGACGAAAGUGCAGUACUGAGAAAAUUCAAAUGUACAGAGUGCGAAAAAGCUUUCAAAUUCAAGCACCAUCUCAAGGAACAUAUUAGAAUCCAUAGUGGGGAGAAACCUUUCGAAUGUGGCAACUGCGGAAAGCGUUUUUCUCAUUCGGGAUCAUAUUCUAGUCACAUGACAUCAAAAAAGUGUUUGGUGAUGAACGUUAAAUUGGGCAGAACUAGAGCACCUCCCAGCAACGCACUAUUAGAUAAGAAUACUCAGCAAAAUUUAAGAGGACCAAAGAGGUCCAACAUAAGUCCUAUAAAUAAUAACAUAGCAACUAGCCCUAACCAUAAUUCUUACUUGUCUAUACUUCCUAAAUAUCCAGAAGCAGCAGUGGCUUUUUUACAAAAUUCUGGGAUUCCUCCUUGUUUUAUAGGACCUCCUAGUCUUCUAAACGCUCAUGCUAUGACUUCGUACUCAAUGCCAUCGUUAACCCACAUUUUAGAACAACUUCAGCAACACCAGCAACACCAACCAAGUCAGAGUCCUGCGAGACCAUCUUUCAUCGAAAACUGUGAUAGUACUAGACAAAACGAAACCAAUCCAAACUUAGAAAAUUCCAGUAACCAUUCUGACAACAACGAAAGUGGCGAUUUAAUAAUGGACGAGGACGGAGAACAAGAAAGCGAAACGAAACCAAAUAGCGAUAAUCAAACGAACACCGGAGAUUUAGAAGCAGUAAAGAGAAUAUUAGAAACCGUAAACGCUACCGUCACUAAAGAACUUCUGCAAGCCAACAUGCAAAAAAUGUCGUCAGACACAUCUAGCGAAUGUCAAAGUGUUACUUCCGUUCAAUCACCCAAACCAACAUUGAAAUGUACGAAUUGUAAUAAAAAUUUCGACUCGCAACAACAUUUAGAACAACACGAAUGCGAAGACGUUAAAAGCGAAGGCUUAGCAGCGAAAUUAGAAGGCGCCUUUACUACCAAAUCGGAAGACGCACACAACGGCAGCAUCAGCGGCGAAGACCAAGACUACGACAGAAAUUAUAACACGAAUGAUGAAAUCGAUUCUGAAUCAUUCACCACUACCGAUCAUGUCUCGGAGGACGGAAGAAAAGUUCGAGUUAGAUCUUUAAUUUCCGACGAACAACUCAAAGUACUCAAAGACCACUACCAAGUGAAUCCUAGACCGAAACGGGAAGACUUGGAAAAAAUUGCCACGCGGUUAAAUUUUUCAGUUCGAGUAGUUCAAGUGUGGUUCCAGAAUACUAGAGCUAGAGAUAGAAGAGAAGGGAAAUUGAUACAAGUGCCGUACAGUCCAUUACCAUCGUCUCCUCGAUAUAAUUUACCUACAAAAACACAUAUGACCAUGUCUCCAAACCAAUAUAUUUCCGAACAACCUCUCGAUCUUUCCAUUAAAAGAGAAGUUUCAGCUGAAUCAUCUCCUUCCAGUUCUCCUAAUAGGCCUUUAUCAGAUAUAAAUGACGAAGUCGUUAAUUUGAGUAGGAAAACCUCCAGAAGUCCCACUCCUUAUUUACCUUUCCUAAACCAUUACCAAAACUCCAAUUCUUCCGAACCAAGGAGAUCUCCAUCACCUUUAGAAUUCAACAGUAGCCGAUUAGCUCAAAUUUUGGCUCAACCUGCUCACAAACUCGGUUUACCCGGUAUGGGAUUAGUUCCUAUGGAUCAAUUAAUGCAAUUCAGAGGAACCGAUUUACCGAGUUUGUCACAGCUGAUUAGUAAUAGAAUAUCCACUAUGAGUCCCAAUGAAAAAAGAUCUUGGACAGACGGAAGAGACGCGUCUAAUGAUUUCGCAGAGGACGAACAUUCCAAUGCCGGUAGGAGUAAAAUGUCGCAAUUCGUUCUCAAAGGUCUCGGCAGUCCAGUUUUGGGUAACCAGGAUCUUGAAGCAGAAGGACAAUUUACUUGUAAUCAAUGUGAUAAGGCUUUCUCCAAACAGAGUUCAUUGGCGAGACAUAAAUAUGAACAUUCAGGCCAACGUCCUCACAAAUGCGACCAAUGUACCAAAGCUUUCAAACACAAACACCACCUUACAGAACACAAACGUCUCCACAGCGGAGAAAAACCCUUCCAAUGCGGUAAAUGUAUGAAGAGGUUCUCACAUUCUGGUUCUUACAGUCAGCAUAUGAACCAUCGGUAUUCCUACUGUAAACCGUAUAGAGAAUAAAUAUCUUAUAUAUAAACGAAUACCAAAAAGGAAUCGAAAGCAAAGAAUUUCUUAUGUACAGCACUCUUCGGAAAGAUAUUCAGAUCUUCAAAGAAUCUCAAAUGACCAAACUCGAAUGUAAUAAUCAAAGAUGAUGAUCGAAGGCUGUGACAAUAAAAAAUUUAAAUCAUUGAAAAAUUAUAGAACAUCCAAAAUUUGAUUCUCUAAACAUUCUUUUCCCUGAAGAAGGAUCUUGUAAAUGAAACGAAAUUUCGAGUCUACUAAUCAAAAUAAAUCAGUAUCAGACCUUCACAAACAUUCUUAUAACCCAACAGAGUUUCUUUAGAGAAUGCUAAUGAUGAUAAAUAAUUAUCUUGUAAAUAUAAAAAAAAUAUAAAAAACAGUUUGGAAUAACAACAACAACAACAAACAAAAAAAACCAUUUCUUUACAUUUCAGCAAUCUGGAAAGACAAAUUGUAGGUGAAAUUCAAAAAGUUUUAAUAAUGUUUAUACUUUAAUGACUUUCGACUAUUUUAUAAAUCAAAAUUUGACAAAAAAUUACGUAUGGAAUGAACAAAAAAAUUUUCGACGCUUAAAUGUAUCCAUGAUGCUCAAUUAAAUCCCAUUACAAACAAUAUUGUUUGUAAUUUAUAAUUCAGAAGGAUUGCAUUCAAUUUGAUAAAUAUUGUAAUCAAAAUUUUCUUUAGGUGAUGUUUUUAUAAUUUUGGGGUUAUAUAUAACAAAAUUUUUUUCUAGAAUAAUCUAUUCUAAGAAAUCGCCCCCUCCCCCCCCGCAUUUUCACAUAUUGAAUAAAUGUCCUAAUAAUACAGGGAUCCCAUCAGGCGGAUAUAGUUUGGUACUAGAUUAUUUUAAAAAACUGAUAAAGAGGUAGAGUUUUCGUAUGUACCAAAGCUUAACCUCACUCCACAUCGAUGCUUUGAUUCAUUGCCUUCCAAUUAACACUAAAUAGGUUAAAAUUCCGUUUUCUCUAACCUACCCCGUCUCAUAUACAAUAUUCUCAAUAAUAUACCGAUUUUGUAUUCGUCUAUCAGAUGCAUUUCCUCAUCUCUUUUUCCUUUCUUAUUUUCUUUUCAUUUUUUAUCUAUGUAUUUCUAUCUUUUUUCUGCUUGUUCUCUUUCCUUUUUAUAUUUUAUCUAUGUAUUUCCUAAUCUCUUUUUCUUCUUGUUUUAUUUCAUUUCUAUUUUUUUUCUAUGUAUUUCCUAAUUCCUUUUUUCUUCUUGCUUUCAUUUCUUUUUAUUGUUUAUCUAUGUAUUUUCUCAUCUCUUUUUUCUUCUUGUUUUCUUUUUAUUUUCUUUUUUAUCGAUGUAUUUCCUCAUCUUUUUUCUCUGCUUGUUUUCUUUCCUUUUCAUUUUUUAUUUAUGUAUUUCUUUAGUCUUUAUAUAUUUCUCAUAAAUGUACUAUCAGAUAUUAGCAGCUCACAUUUAAUUUUGUAUUUUUCAUUUCAAAAUUACCUCAUUGUAUUUUUUUACAUAAAAUUGAACUGACCUUUAUUUGAGCCGAAUUUUUUAACAAAAUACGAAACGUACUCUAUAUCAAUCUGCUUUAAACUUUGCUCUAAAUUCCUUUAUCCUUCUGUUGAUGUGAUGCUCCUCAUAACACAAAAAAAUAUUCAUAACACAAAAAAAAUUUUUUGUAAUACAAAAUUUAUGUUGGUAAUUUUUUUAAAUAAUUUUGAGGUUAUAACAAAAAAUUAUUAUAAUAAAAGCUAUGAAACUGUUUGUUGGGAUUCUUAUGUUGAAUAUUGAUUCCUCCUAUUACCUUAUUUUCUUCAUUAAAAUUUUGAAAACUUUGAUAUAUUAUCAUCAAAAUCGGCCUGGGAUCAUCGUCACGUGAUUAGAGUUGUGGUGCCACUUGUUAAUGUAUUAAUUUUUUUUUUCGACAUCUUGUUUAGAUUUUAAUUUCAGGACUCUUUAAACUUUAUGUAAUUUGUAAAUAACUUGUCUGGUACCUGUACAAUAAUACUCAUAGUAUACAGCGGAACAGUGCCAGUUGAAAAAUCCAGGUCUUCCACCACUUUAUUUAGUCAGUGGUGUAGCAGGCAGUGGGGCACCAAGGCAAUUGUUAUUGAAAAAACACAAACAUUUAGUCAUUAUUAUGUGCAAUUGAACAAAAUGAGUUACCGUAUUUAGUAAAGUAUGAUAUUAACAAAAUUUUGUGAUUGGAAGAUUUAGAUAUUAUUUUUAUAAUAUUGCCAUAAAUUGUAGAUAAUGUAAGAUAUAUUAUAUUGCUUUAUUCAAAGUGCCAUAUACCGAAAAAAAAAUGUAUAGCCUAAAUGUAGAUAUAUAUAUAUUUUGGUUUCGACACAUCGAUUACUUAGAAAUAUAAGCGUGGUAACAUGCAUUUAGUUUAUGGGGUUAGGAAAAUUUUUUUCCAUUAUCCAACAACUUCUAACACCAACGUGAUAUUUUUUCACCAAAUUCCCAUUCAAAUUGAUACGAUAAAUUUAAACAUACUAUAUAUUUUUUUACAUUUAAUCGAUCACCACUCCACUAAACUAAAGUUGUAGUAUAUCUCAAAUUAUGUUCAAGUUCGGGGAAAUUAUCAAAAUAAGUCAAUUUUAUUCUAAAAGGGGUCAAUUUCCAUCUAGAAGUUGUCAAUUUUCUAAUAGCUCCAAUCCAUAUUUUCCCUUGGAAAACUUUAAAUGACAAAAAGAGUUACUUAACAUCACAUACUCUCCAUCCUUAACUAUAAACUUCAACUGAUACGAUAAAAUUAAACAUACUGUAUAUUUUUUUAUCAUUAACUGAUUACCACUUCACUAAACUACUUAACUAAUACACUAUACUGAAGUUUUUUCUAAAAGAUUCUAUUCUGAGUGUGGUGCUCACUCUACCUCGUGUUAUCACAUCCAAAAUCCUAAUAACAAGUAAAAUUUAUUACCCCAAUAUCUUAAAUUAUGUACAAGGUUGGGGAAAUUACCAAAAUAGGUCAUUUUUAACCUAGAUGGGUUCAAUUUUCUAGUAGUUACAGUUUCUAGUUUCGCUUGGAAAACAUUAAAUUUCAAGGAAAGUAACUUAACACCUCAUUUUCUCCAUUUUGCAUUGAAAACUUAACUCAAAAUUUUGAAAUACAAUAAUUAAGACUAAUAAUUUCAAUAAUUCCAAUUUUCAUAAAACAAUGUUGUAUUUUCCUAAUGAAAACGAUUAAAAUAGCAUAGAUAAGAAAGCAGCUUCAAAACUAAACCUUAAGUUUGGAUGUUUUCCAAAAAGUUUUUUUUGGCACUAGGGGGAUGUACAAACAAAUUUGAAACUGCAAAAAAGAUUCAACACAAUUUUAUUGAAAUUGUCCUAUUUUGGUAAUUUUGCAGUUUCAAAAAUAUCAAUUAUCAUAAAAGAUUUUCAUAUUUUCCAAAAAUAGCAUACAAAAACUGAUUUUAUGGAAAUUGUCCUGUUUUGGUAGUUUUGUAGUUUCAAAAAUAUCAAUUAUCAGAGUUAAUAGAUAAUGAAAGGUUGAAGGUUUUUCAAGAUGUAGUCCUUAGCGUUAGAGGGAUGUAAAAACAAUUUCGAAACAAAAUAUUCAACCUCUUCAAAUUGUCCUACUAUACCUAUUUGGUGUUGCAAAUUUCAAUUUGAUCACCGAAUAUAAAUUGUAGUGAAAAGAGUCUUUCAAUAUUAGAUUUUCAUUAGGUGCUUUUUUGUAUGUUUAAACUUUAAAAAAAAUCCAGUUUUUGUUCGACUUUAAAAUAAUUAUUCAUUAACUCAACAAUAAAAAUUUGAGUAAUUAUUUAGAUUAUUAAUUAUAUAGAUUACACCCUUCCGGUUUCGUUAAAAUUUCAGUUUGCUAUAGAGAAAAUUACUCUGAACAAGAAUAUGUACAGGGCGCGGAAACCAUCCCUUAACUAAAAUUCUCUGCAAAUUUUAUAAUACAUGAUGUAAUCAUUACGUAAUGAAGACAUGCGAAGCUAAACUAUGAUGUAUAAAAUAUUUUUCUUUUUCUGGAACUUCAAAGUUGAAAGUUUUGUCUUGCGCUCCCUAUAUUUAUUUUCUUGUUCGGCGUUAUUUUUUCUUUAACAAAAUCCUAGGGGUGUAACUUAAUCUGGGUUACGUGAUUGGAAAUAUAAUAAAAAUUUUCCUAGCCCCUUUUAAUUUUUAUAAUAUAUUAAUAUAAACAGUACAAUAAAGAGGCGAAACGGUCUCUGCAUCGAGGUGUUACAUGACAAUACGUAGAGAGCUCAUAGUUUUCAACAAUACAAUGAAUAUAAUGGUGCAAGUCGUUACUUUUAUAAGCAUUUAUUUAAAAUAUUUAAUAAAUUAGUAAGUUGACGGUGUAUUUGUUACCAAUCAGAUGUUUUAGAUAUGUCUAAUUUAAGUAUGAGGCUCUUUUGAAAAUUUGCUUCAAUAUUUUGUUUUUUAUUUUGUACAUAUUAAUUUUAAAUGUUUUUUUUUCUUUAGUUAAUUCUGUGCAAUGUUCAACCAUUUUCAUUGUAGCGCUUUUUGUUUAUGGAACUAUUUAAUGAUUCCAUUUACAUUUAUAGUGUUUUUAAAUAAUAUUACUAAUAACAAUGUUUUCAAUUAACUAUUGGAAAUGGAAACUGACAGCGGUGGAAAGUGAGAAUGACUUGGUUGUACAAAAUUUUCAAUUAUUUUCUUUCUAAAUCUAAAUCUAAAUUUUUCAAUGUUUAGUAACGAAAUUGAUGUAUAAGAGACUCAUUAUUGUGAAUAAAUAUAUGUAUAUACAUUAGACUGUUUCAAAAACAUUAAUUAAUAUUGAAAAUAUUCUUUGAAAUGACGAAAAAAGAAUAUUCUGAAAAUUUAGAGCUCUGUGGGAAAAUUUUUACUAGUUGAGUCAAAACGUAUUUUUGUAGAGAAUUGAACGCUCUACAAAAAAAAGAUUGUUAUAAAUUUUUUGAUAUAUUUACUUCUUCAAAAGUUAUUUAAGACUAAACUAAAUUUUUACAUUUUUCUAAAUUUCCGACACAACCAUCAACUUUACGAUAAAAUUUAAUAGGACUUUUUUUGUAAAACAUUUAAUUUCCUAUAACUUAUCUCUCAAAAUAUUUUUGAUAUUUUUUAUAGAUCGUAAGUUAUUUGCAAGAAACGCUUUUUUUUAAGUUCUCAUUGUAAUGCUUGAAAUUAAUCAUCAUAUUCAUCAUAAAUAACUUACGAUCUGUAAAAAAUAUCAAAUUUUAUUUAUUAUUAUCAUAAAGUUAUUGGUUGCGUCGGAAAAUUAGAAAAAUGUGAAAAAUUUUAAUCAAAUACAUCUUUAGCAUUGAAUAACUUUUGAAAAAGUAAAUAUAUCAAAAAAUUAUAAGAAUAUUUUUUGUAGAACGUUCAAUUUUCUACAAAAAUAUGUUCUAACUCAGCUAGUCCGAUGACUUGUUAAAGAGUUAAUAAUUUCCAAAGUUAGAAAAAAAAAAUUUCCCACGUUAAUCAAAUGGAAAAUUGAAAUUUUCGACGCGGCACUUCUUAAUAUUAAUAUUAAGUGCUCUAAAUUUUUUAGGAUUAUUUUUUCGUCAUUUCAAACAAUAUGUUCAAUAUUAAUAAGAAAAAAAUAGUCUAAUAUACAUUUACGCUGCCGGACAGCUUCAUUUUCAAUAAUUUAGUAUCCACGGUGGACUGACCCACCAAAUGUAAAAAAAAUAGUGUGGGGAUCCAAUUGGAAAAGGUUGACAUGUGAAACUGUUUUAAUCGAAACCUUAUCAUUCAAUAUUUCUAUCCUAACUUUCUCAACCUUUUUUCUCGGUCUUCCUUUCUUGUUUCGUACACUCUUUUAACCAUUUUUUUUCCUCCGAUUCUUGUAAAAUGUUCAUAUCAUUUUAGCUGUGCUUCUUCUAUUUAGAAUCUAUAGGGUUUAUCCCUAGAAUUUUCCUGUAAGUAUUAUCCCGUCCAAUUUCUAUUUCCUUCUAUCUUAUAUAUCUCUUUAUUUUAAUUCUUUGUCUAUACUACUUUUAAACAAUUGUUUUAAAGUCCCUGUUCUCUUCCUUUCUUGCUGUUCUUCCUUCAUAUACUAUUUUGUCUUGUUCUAUUCUUGAAACCUGUCCAAACAAUCUUACCUGCGUCUCUUCUAUUUUAGUAUCUAUAGAUUUUUCCUGUACGUAUUUUUUUAUCCUGUCUAAUUCUCCAUGCUCUGUAUCGUAUUUGCGUUGCCGUCCUUUAUUUUUCUACUUCUCGUUAUUUAAAGCUUAAUUUGAUUUUGUUCCAUUUAGAUAUAUUUCAUUUAUUAUUACUUAUAAUCAAUAUCUAUGUUUUCUUUCUUCUACUUUUUUAUCUUUAUGUUGAUGUUUUCAAAGGUUGCAUUAUAUAUUAUUAAAUUUUUGUUUAAAAUUCUUUCGUCCUUAGAGAUUAGUACCAAAUCAUCUGUAUAAGCUAUUUCCGAUACCUUGACUUUUUCCUUAUUCUAUAUGUUUGGUUUUUUUUCUUGGCUUCUUUUAUACCAUCAUCUUCUAAUAUUGUUAACUAUUAAUCUUUUAAAAAACUAUAGCGAAUAUAGAGUAGUAAAUAUUUUUUAACUGGUACAUUGUUAUUAGUAUAUUAAAUGUGAAUUUUUUGUUUGAACUUCUGUAAAUAUGUUUUAUUUUUGAAGCGGCAUAUGUUAUCUAGUACACAAUUUUUAAAUGUUUAGUGGUUUUCAAAAGAUGCCGAAAAGUAUUCGAGUCAUUCCAAAAUUCGUACCUAAAUGUUGAUUUUCCAGUGUGCAAGAUUCUACAUUGUAAGAUUUUGACAAUAAAGUAGCUAUUUGAUAUAAACUUAUUUAGUAACGCUGUUAAAUGAAAAAAAAAAGUAGCAUUUAUUCUAGGAAUCUCAAAAGGUAUGUGAGAAUUGGAGAUAUAAGAAAAUUAUAUAUAUAUACGAUUUAUAUUAAUGCAUAAAAAAUUUUUAAUAAUUCUUAAGAUACUCUAUGGAUUUCUGUGUAUAGGUACAUUAUGUAAAUAGUAAAUGUUCUUUCCUUCACCGUCUGAAAGUAAUUUUUCCUUUUUCAGACAUUGAAGAAGUUUGUCCUCGUAUACAUAUUAAAGUUUAUCUACAUUUAAAUUUAAUGAUAUCUUUUUAUUUUUAUAUUAAUAUUCAGCUUCAAAUAUAAAAGUUUAGUCACUUGCGUGCAAAUUACCAUUUGCCAUCCUUGUUGUGUGUAUUUUUUUUUUGUUAAAUAUUGUAUUUUUUUAUACAUUGGCUAGUUUUACCAAAGAUUCUGUAAUAUAUUUAGCCAUAUACAUAGUUUAAUGUUCGAUUUUGUUUAUUUUUAUCAGUUUUUUUUUUAUGUUUAUAUAAAUGGUCUUGUAAAAAUGGCGAUUAUAACGAAUGUCUGUGUAAAUUCUAUUAAAAAGUUGAAAAAUGUAUUUUACUCAACCUGAAUAAACUACCUACCGAAU